UGCCUUUGCCUACGUCAUCAGAGGCGCGGCCCUGCAUCAGCUAGCUGGUUGUCGGUUCAGGCUGCGGAGAGUUUCGGUCCUCUACUCUGUCUCAUAUUAACACCAACAAUAGAGAUGUCUGACUUCACGGAUGACCAGAUCAUGGAGUUUAAGGAGGUUUUCUCUUUGUUUGACCGGACGGGCGAGGGGAAAAUCACCUACAGCCAGUGUGGUGACGUAAUGCGAGCCCUGGGUCAGAACCCGGUCAAUGCAGAAGUGCUUAAAGUUCUUGGAAACCCAAAGUCAGAAGAGAUGAACUACAAAACUCUGGACUUUGAGCAGUUCCUCCCCAUGCUUCAUGCAAUCACAAAGAAUAAGGAGCAAGGCUCUUUUGAGGACAUUGUUGAGGGUUUGCGUGUUUUCGACAAGGAGGGAAACAGCACAGUGAUGGGAGCAGAGCUGCGUCACGUCCUCACCACAUUAGGUGAAAAGAUGACAGAAGAGGAGGUGGAGACUCUUUUAGCCGGACACGAGGAUGCCAAUGGCUGCAUUCAUUAUGAAGAACUUGUCCGGAUGGUGAUGAGCGGUUAAGGGUUUUUAAGGACACCUUUCCAGAUUUAACUGGACUUUUCAAAUGUUUUCCUGUACUUGUGUUUUCUUUUUUUCUUAUUUUAAGUCUUUCCCUCCAUGUUGCCCUACAUGGGCUCAAAUCAGGAUAAAGUGAAUGAAAAACCGGAUUGUAAAUUUUGAAGAAAAAAAAAAGUUUGAAAACGGUAUUAAACUCAGAAGUACACAUGGUAAACUUGGAAAAAAAAUAUUACACAUUUGGAAAUGAACUAGUACAUUUAAAUUUGAAAACUUUUUUUUUCAAAUUUAAAUCGGAUGAACGAGGUUAUGGUGACAUCAUUUCCAAAACCCAGUUUGCUGUUGCAGCCUGUUUUAUAUCUCCGUACAGUAGUGAUAACGCUCUCCUAAAGUUUGGUUGGUGCAACAAAAGGAGAAAUUACACAGGUGGUGCCAACAGCAGCAAUGUUGUGGAAAUUACGUCACCAUAACCUCUUUCAUCUGAUGUCAAUCAUAAAGCCAGUGGGUCCAAAGCCCCGCCCCCUCAUAAAUUAGGAUUAACUGCAGAAAUAAAAAUACUGAAUUAAAAAUGUAAAUUGAAGAUUGAAAGUGAAGUACAAAAGGUGUUACAAAUAAACCUUUUUUAUAAUAGUUAUUUUAUAAUAGUUAUAGGUUUAUAGUCUUUUUUUUCAGUUUCAAUUCUAUUUUUUUAUUUCCUUCAUAUUUACAAUGUCUACUUUCAAGUUUAAAACAGUUUUCAAAUUUUCUUCUUUGUCAAAUUUCCAACCAGAUUUUUCCUUCACUCUAAGCUGAUCCUGGUUUGGACUCAUACAUGCAUCCAAAUGGUUUUGUGAAUGUUUUUUUGUCUGCGUUUUUCGUUUUGUCGUCUUGUGCGAGCGAACCGUUUAUCAUCUCAGAUGUUCAGGCACAUUCGACGCCACCCUUCCACCUUUUAAACUUUAAUCAGUCUUUCUUUUUGAUGUUGGUUUUUCUUUGGGUGUUGAACUUGUGACUUGUGAAAUAAAAAGGGUUUUUGUUUUUUUGAA